AUGUAUUCAAAACAUGAAAAAAUUCCAAUGAAAGAUUUUGGAUCUGAAAUCCGCGCAACAAUGGACAUUGACCACUUGUUAAAUAAAGCUGUAUUACUUUUGGAUUUGCAAGAAACUUCAUUAGAAGAAAUUUUUGCAAAAAUAAUUCAUGAAAUGGAUAUCCAAGAACCAGAAUUUACAAGUGAACAAGUUCGUUCUGUUCUUUUUACGCAAGAUGCUGGAAAUCAAUUUCACAUUUUGAGUCGAACAGUACAAAGCAUUUGCACAACUGGCACAGUUGGUGGAACUUUUGAUUAUGAUCAAACAUGGAUUUGUGCUCUUUGUAUGCUAAGUACUGUCCAGCACCGUCAUGUAGCUAUUGCUCGCCUUUCUCAUCCAACCAAUUUGGGCAGAACAAUGCAAGAUCUCCGUUUUAUUAUUAUUGUUAUUGCUCCAUCUAGAGCGAAAGGCACAAAGACAGCAUUAGAAACAACAAGAACAUUUGCCACACUUUUUGCUGAUAUGGAUAUUAGACAACGUCUUGUAAUGGCCCAUUCAGUUGAGGCAUUUAGAGCAACACUUUUGGAAGCAGCAAAAGAAUUAGCACUUGAACAAUCACAAUGGAGAGAAAGAAAAUCUUCGAUUCAUUUAAGUCAAGCAAAAGAACAAGUUUUUGGUCUAGGCAAAUUCUUUCCAUUUCGUGGUCUCAUAGAAGACUUUAAAAUGCGCAAAAAGCAUUAUAUUUCUGACUAUUUAGAUGGUUUAAGAGGUCAUCGUACAAUGCAAAAAAUGUUUUCUUCAAUUAUUUUUCUUUAUUUUGCUUGUCUUCUUCCCGCAAUUGCUUUUGGUGUGCUCAAUGAUGAUAAUACGGGUGGUAGAAUUAAUGUUAGAAAAGGAAUACUUGCUCAGGCAAUCGGAGGAGUUUUCUUUGCUGCUUUUGGUGGCCAACCAAUGAUUAUUUUAUUAACAACUGUCCCUCUAGCAAUAUAUAUUAAAGUAAUAUAUAGGAUAUCAGAAUCCCUUGGUUAUGAUUUUUUCGCAAUGUAUGCUUGUGUUGGCCUUUGGUGUCAAUUUUUUCUAGUUAUUUAUGCAGCUACUGAACUUUGUAGUUUAAUGAAAUUGGCAACAAGAUCAGCAGAAGAAAUGUUUUCACUUUUUAUAGCUAUUGCUUUUGCUGUUGAAAGUGUUAGAGCAAUCCAUACAAGUUUCAUUGAUAACUAUCUAAGCUGUAUUGACACAACAUCCGUUGCUCAACCUCAAAACUUUUCUUUAUUAAACCAAAAAUUAUUAACAAAUACAACAGAAUUAAUCUAUCCACAGAUUGAAAAUGGUUGUAAUAGAGAUACUUUUAUUCUUUAUCUUCUUUUAAUGUUUGGAACAUUAUGGGUUGCCCUGUUUCUUUAUAACUUUAGAAAAACUCCUUAUUUGACACGAUCAAGGCGUGAAUGGCUAGCUGAUUAUGCAUUACCUGCUUCUGUUCUUAUAAUGUCAUUUCUUGGAGAACAUACAUUUUCUAAAAUUGAUAGUAAAUUUAUUUUACUCAAUUUUAAAAUUGAAAAAAAAUUUUUAGAAGAUAUUUUCCAUAUGAGAGCAGAUGUUUCUCUUCUUAAAAUUCCCGAAUUUUGGCGCCUCUCUUGGCAGGCUAUUUUUGUUUGCUUCAUUCUUGGCUUUUUCCUCUCUUUUCUUUUUUAUAUGGAUCAAAAUAUUUGUUCAGCUAUUGUUAAUAAUAAUCAAAAUAAAUUAAAGAAGGGAAGUGCUCAACAUUUAGAUUUACUUGUUGUUUCUAUUUUAAAUAUGUUCCUCUCUGUUAUGGGACUUCCAUGGAUGCAUGGAGCUUUACCUCAUUCUCCACUUCAUGUUAGAGCAUUGGCUGAUGUAGAGGAGAGAGUAGCUCAAGGACAUGUACAUGAAGUAAUAAUGAAUGUUCGAGAAACUCGACUAGCAACAUUUAUAGCUCAUAUAUUAAUCCUUGCUUCGACGUUUUUUCUUCUACCAUCACCUUUACAGUCAAUUCCCACAUCUGUAUUACACGGCCUUUUCCUUUAUAUGGCAUUCACUUCAUUGUCAGGCAAUGAAAUGGUUGAAAGAUUGUUAUUACUUAUUACUGAACAGCAAGCAUACCCUCCAACUCAUUACAUUCGUCGAGUACCACAACGUAAAGUUCAUUUAUUUACAACUUGCCAACUUAUUCAAUUAAUUAUUCUUUGUGCUGUUGGUUUUAGCCCAUAUCCUUUCAUAGAAAUGGUCUUUCCAAUUGUUUGUUUUUGCUUCUUGCCAAUUCGACACAUUCUAAUACCUCGAAUUAUUGACUACAAAUAUUUGGAUGCUUUGGAUGGUCGACAUUAA